GCCUAGGUAAGUUUGUAUAGUUAGACGCGUGCUGCUAAGUCAAGCGCGUUUCAGCCAAUUAAAAUGGCGGUAUAGCAGAUAUGCCCCAUAAUAUUUCGUUCGAACGUGCAGAAAAUCAAUUGGUAACAACACCUAGACCAGGGAAAGUACACACCUGAUUCGAGAAAGUAAACAUCACCAUUUCUUUUCCCCGCCCAAGUUAAAUCCUAUUCUUUUUACAACUUCCACGCGUUUUUCAAUUUUCUAAAUGCGACCUUCGUCGUCGUCAAUGAUUUCUACUCAAUUUCGCAUGGAUAUUUAAGAAAUUGGUCGAUUGCAUUCCCAGAGAUCGCGCUGCUACUACCGACACCGAUACCGAAUAGGCCAAUAUGCCGCCUAAACAAUCGUCGCAAAGGCGCAUGACCCAGUCGCAGUCGCAAAAUGAACAAGUUUAUGAUCUAGGUGUACACGGAAGAAAAACCGGUCUCACCUUACCAGAGCGCCAGCGUGACGAACACGGUUUCGAGGACCACAGUGGUCUAUUCUCUUCCCCCGAAAAAGAUGUAAAUAAUCCCACUGCCAAUGGGACGAAUGGUGUCAAUGGACGACAUCAUGAAGAUUCGGAUGGGGAGCAAGAUAUGGAGAUCGAUGAUGAGUCUCAAAUAGGACCAGCUACUGCUAUGAAACAGCAGCGCCAAACUCAUCGACCUUCAUUACCGCGCGCACGAUCUCCCAUAAAAACACAUCUUCAAUCUCCAGCACGCCAAAAUCCGUACCUCGGUCCCACGUCUUCACCUGCCCGUGGAUCUAUUGUCACCGCACGCGAACGCGAAGCCCCAAAGACGGUGAACCGUAGACUUGAUUUCUCCCAAGGCUCCCAAAGUAGAGGGAAGCCUCAGGCCAACGGGGUUUCGAAAGUUAAUGGUACCAAAGGUCGAAAUGGGAAGCUCACUAACGGUCGUGCCCGUUCGAGCGAAUCUGAUGACGAGGAGGCUAUUAUGCGAGGCAUGCGAAACCGACGCCAGGAAGAGCCAGAAGAGGAAGAUGAAGAAGACCCGGAAGAAGCAGCCGAAGGCGAAGAGGAAUCAAUGCAGAUCAUCGAUGCCGGUAACGACGACUUCGAUGAUGUACCCGGCCGAGACGAGUCCCCCGUAGCGCCCGAGCCGGAGCCGGAGGAAGAAGAGGAAGAGCAAAUCCAACAGGCAAAAUCUUCUCAGCAGCCUAAGAAGCGCAGAGGUCGCAAGCCAAAGUCACCCGUCGCACAGGAAGAGGAAGAACCUUCGAUAGUAGAGCCUUCGCCUGCACAAGCUAAAGCCGGAGGCGACCCUUCCAAAAAGAAGCAACGAGGACGACCUGGGAAGGCUGCUCAACCGGCGGAAGAGCCCGAACCUCCGAAACCUUCCAAACGUAGGAGAUCUGGAAGGAAUUCUGGAAGUAGCGCGAAUGAGGGACAAGAAGAACAAGAGGAAGAAGACAAUGUGGCGAAUGAAAAGGAAACAAAGCGUCAACGAACCGAGAAAAAGGGGACUAAGGCAUCGUCGAAACCAAUAAUGGAAACAAAGGAAAAGACGAAGCCCGGUCGCAAGAGAAAAUCCUCUGGAGUCGGCGUCGACGAACCUAUUGUUCAACGUGGUCCUCCUCUUCCUAAAGGUCGUGGAUUGGUUGCUUUACGAAGAGAAGAAGACGACGAUAUCAUGCGAGUCACACGAUCAGGCCGGCAUUCUUACAAACCCUUGGAGUUCUGGAAGGGCGAACACGUUAUAUACGAUGAAGCGAGACAGGAGAUUUUCGAUGACAAAGACCGGCGGUUCAUGAUGCCGGCCGUGAAGGGUGUCAUGCGCGUCGCGGACGAUUACAGACUACCGAAACGCCGUCGCGGGCGUCCUGCGAAAAAAUCUAGUAGAGGUUCAUAUCCAUCAGUCGUUUACGAGAGAGAGAGAGAAACGAUAGAGCGGGACCCAUGGGAAUCCGACCCUGGCCGAAUUGCGGGCGAAUGUCUCUACUGGCGAGGAGAACAGCCACAGGAAGGGGAUGAGCUCGAGAUUGUAGAAGAGGAAUUAGCGAUCUCCGAAGCUGCGAUCCAACUUAAGGAUAUUAAAGAUGCGACGUUCAAAUUUGCGAAAACGUUGACGAUGCCGUUCUUCGGAUCGGGGAUCGUCGAUAUGCCGCCUGGCUCCGAGAAGCGCACUAAAAACUCGAGGAAGAUGCAGAUGGUCUUUUUCGUGCAUACGGGAAGUGUGGAUGUUGUGGUAGCACAAACGGAGUUUAGGAUCGGCAAGGGGGGUAUGUGGUUUGUUCCGAGAGGAAAUCACUAUAGUAUAACAAAUAAUACCGACAAUCCCGCACGCAUUUUCUUCGCGCAGGGCUGCGAGAUGGCAGCGCCGGUUGACGAUGAAGGACCGCAGGAAUAGGCUUAUGGCUACCUAUCGUCUUAGUACAACACAUAUUUCCUUUCUCUCGCUCUACGUCGUUACGAAAUGCAAGAGGGGAAUUAUUAAAUAGAGCUGGACAGCAUUUUUCUUUUUUUGUUUCAGUUUAUUUGCUUUUGAAAUCCAAUCGGACCUGGCACGGUGCACGGCUUGAAAUAUUCUUCGCUGUAGGACUGGCUGGACUUGUUAUGUGUCUCGGAUAAGGGGCGGCAUUGCAUCAUUCAUAUCCAUAUUCGUCUUCACCCACCUAUACAUACCGCUACUUCGAUUCCCGUGCUUCCACCCCCUCUUCGUGGUGUCUUCGCGGAGUUUCAUGGGGUCCGGUUUCAUUUUACGUGUACCUAUUCGUUAUGCUGGAAGGGGAAUUUCCCGCGUCUCGCUUGAUGGGUGGGCGGGCUGGUGGAUGAUGGUUUAGAGAUAAUUGGCCGUUCGUGCUUGUGAUACCAAAUUAAAAGUCAUUUUCAU